ACUGUAAACUUUUGCUGCGCUGAUAAACAUAUAUCGGUAGAGAUACAAGUCGUCUGAUUCCUAAUUAAUUUAUUUAUAUUAAUUAUUUUAUAACCUUCUCAGGUUUAUCAUUUUACUGAAGUUAAAUUACUUCUGCAAUUUUCGCAACCACCCCUAUAUAUGAAGUAUUCGCAGGUAUAUGGAAAAGCUACAGUUUUCGCCGCCGAGUUACAGUUUUCGCCACCCCUACUUUUACAUGGGAUUCUCAUAAGAACUGGCGAGAUGUGUAACGCGGCAGAAACUGUAACUUUACCAUUAUAUUAUUUGUUUCAUAUCGCGCCCAGUAACGCAGAUUCAGUAAGAAGAGUGGCUAAGUGCCAAAUUCUCGUUCAUGCCAUAUAAGACGAACAACUUUUCUAACGUAGCGAACUUUAUAAAUUAUUUAUCAUAUUAUUUAUAACACCAUAUAAAAGUCGGAAAAAUGUACCUGCGGACGCUUAAAUAACCAAUUGCCGAACCGUGUACCAGAUAUUUAAAUAACAUCCACAAAGAAUAAUCUCGAAUUUGCGUUUUUAUUUUUUAAAAAAUCUAAGCGAUACGUACACGCGCAGUGUAGAGUAAGAGAGCAGAAUACGGCACGGAAUUUUUGCUCCACCUUGAAACACAGUAUUCCCUCAUAUUCUCUGCAAGUCUGCACUAGCUGUUUGGAAAAAAGGGGCGAAAACAAUGACGUACUACAUUAAAAAUUCGUUCGUGCCCGUGGAUGAAGAUCAAAACUGGGAAUUUAAAGGGCACAGGAAUUUCAGCUCUGAUGAAAUCCCUGCUUGGAGACAUGAUGGGACAAAAGCAUGUCCAAUCAGAAAUCCAAAGGAGUUCGCCAAAUUAACAAAUGGAGUGAACAGGACCAGACAGCCAAUUUCCAGGAACAUCAAUGGCUUCUUGAACAGCGGCAAGCAUGGUACAAUCUUGAUCGGCGUUUUGGACACCGGCAAAGUGGAGGGCAUUCCCAUGAGCUCCUUGCAGAAAGAUCACCUUUUGGUGAACCUCGAGGACUGCUUGAGGCGAUUUCGUCCGUCCGUACCGCACGAUCUGGUCAAGGUGGCGUUCAUCCCCGUGGUGAAUAACGUUUCCGAGCUGCUGAGUUUUGACGCUGAACAAGCCAAAAUUUGCGAGCCAACCAAUGAAAUCAGAUUCCAACCGCACUUUCUGAGGACGUCCUCCCUUUGUUGGUGCGAGGUUUUCUCCAUGAAGCGACAGAGACAAUUCGGCCUAACUCCUCCACUUUACGUGAUCGAGAUCCGCAUCGCUGGUCUCCACCCUUCUCAGCGCACCCCCGAGGUGUCAAAGGCUAUUGCCGGCCUCAUCCCUGAUACAGCGUCACCCUUGGAGAGAUUGAGCUGGCCUGCCUUUAUCAACGAAGACAACGGAGCGUUCGUCAGGGUGUUCGCGAGUGUUGUCAAGUACACGAAGGAAGAGAUCACCAAGUUCAACAACAUCCAAACGCAGUCAUUCAUCAAAGACUCCCUCAAGCUCAUGCGGGCUGGGGAUGAAAAAUGGGAGGUGGAGAAAGAGAAGCUACAACUCCUGCUGCCUGAUUUGGAGGUGGACCUCGUCACAUUCCUUGAGGAGGCAAUCCGCAUCCAAGAAAAGCCUGUUUACAGCACCAAUCCAAUCCUGCCUCGCAAACUGUAAUGUUAUCCAGCAUUGGGCUUUGGCAGGAUUUAAAAAAAGUGGUAUAGGGAAGAUAACAAAUUUUAUUUAGAAUGCCAUGUUAUUUUCAGUCAGUACCCAAUAAAAUAUAUAAUACUUGAA